AAAGUGGAUUCGAAAAAAUUAAACACGAUCAAAAUAGUUGGAAUAGAAACUAAAAAAUAACAAAAACAUGAUGUUAUAUUAACAACAAUAGCGAAAGCAAUAUUUUAAAAAAUUAGUGUUAUUAUUUCUCUCACUCACCAUUAAUUCAUUCUUUCGUUUUCUAAUGAGGUUAUCAGCACAACAAUUAUAGCUACUGCUCGGAUUCUGGUAAGGAGAGCGAAGUAUUGUUACAGUAAGUGAAAUCAUCUUGCAUAUACCAAAUGAAAGUUUUCAAAGAAAGAAAAUAGAGGAAGGGUUUUCGUACAGAUUUUUCGUGACACUUCACAUGAAAAUAUAAUGACGCAAUAACAUUACAACGAAUAUGUGUCCCUGCAUUUCCAGCAAUAUAUUGACAACACUGCUAUGGAUUGUAAUUGUUCUUCGUUCAGUGAUUGGCCAACAUAUCGCUGUCAACAAAACAAAUAUCGAAGCAACGUACAAUCGCAACAUCUCAAUUACCUUCUUCCUCACGAGUACUAAUCCUAUCAAAAAUAUUGAAUUUUCUUGGGAAGAGAUAAUUAUAGCCACAUAUCAAUCGUCUUUUGAAAAAGUUGAACCAAAUUAUUUCAAAGACAGACUAUCAUUCUCUUCAGAAAAGUCUCGAAAUUUUAAACUUCACAUUAGGAAUACUCAGUACACUGAUGCUGGAAUCUUCCGAUUUAAAGUACUGUUUAAAAUACCCGAUCCUCAUUCUGCUACUGCCAGUACUCUAAUGCAGGUUAAAGGGGGUCCUGAUAUUUGUGGAAAACAAUUGCCAUUGCAGAUAUCUUUUCGUAAUACUUCAUCAAGAAUAAUUUCCACAAACGUAUGUGGAAAUCCUCCUCCGCAGAUAUUCUGGAGUAUGGAUGGCAUGAAAUUGCAAGGUACGAGGAAAGAAAGAGACCAAAGUAGGAAGAAGUUUGAAUACUCGGUGAAUUUAACUGGUUUCGACUUAUGUGAUAAAGAGUUAUCUUACAAAAUUGUUGGUGCACUCUCAGAGAACACGUUGGUAGGAAGUAUAAAACUUACAGAUGCAGAUAACCACUUGACAUGCUCAAAGAAGGCAUCAUUUCUGUAUUACUACAUCGGUGGAGCAGCAACUGCUGUCGUAAUCUUACUGUUUCUCGUAGUAUGCUUAGUUGUAUUGAAAAGGCAAAGGGGAAACAUUAGAAAUACAAAGAAAAAAAACACAGCUGGUUCAAAUAAUACGCGAUCAAGUGAAGAAGAAAAGGAAGAAGAAGAAAAUAAAGGUAAUGUUGAAACAUCUUCAGCAUAUGAAGUUUCAAUAGAAGACCUCGAUAGACGCGGAAAUUACCAAAGCCUGAUUUUAUCCGACGAUACCAGGCCAGGAUAUGCUGAUUUGGACGUACAUAAUGACCCGAUGUGUAUCGUUCCUCUUAAUAGAAAACGUCGCGGUUCUGCGGAAACAUUACGGAUCACACCACGUGGUAUUGUUAAAAUACGCGACCAAACGUAACUAAUAAAUUGUCAAUCUUAUCAUAUUCAUAUUUUAAAAGCCGUUUCCCGUCAUAAAUCAAAUUAAAAGUAACUGAUUCUCCUUGGAUGCAACCUCAUGCACCAUAACUGAAUAACUGUUGUAUUGUUGAACAACAGCUUGUUUCGCAGCAGCCUGUGGGAUGUUGUAUAUUAUAUAAUGGCCAACGGAUAUUUUUAAGAGUUUUAAGACUAAUGAGGGAAAUGGUAACAAAUCUAUUUCAAAGAGCAAUAAAAAAAUUUUUAAAGGUUGUCCUAAGUAGUUGGUCAUCGAGAUUUGUUUUUCCUGUCAGUUAAACGAGACAAUAACUUUGGAACAACUGACUGACAUAAUGCAAAAUAUUAUGUUUGGUGAAUAGAAUCGUCAUUCAAUAAAUUACUCCUGUUAUUAAUAUUAUAGUAUAUAAAAUGUAUAGCAACAUGUAAAAAAUUCUUCAAGGGAAAGGAUGUGAUGGAAAGAGCA